CGACCUGCCCCGUCUGUAUGGAGCCUUGGACCUGCAACGGCGACCACCGCAUCUGUUGCAUUCCUUGCGGACAUGUGUAUGGCAGGUCGUGCCUAGUGAAGUGGCUGCAUCGUUGCGGUGAUGACACUGCGAAGUGCCCUCAGUGUGGUGAACAAUUUGAAGACAAGCUUAUCAUAAACCUCUACGCGCCAGGAAAUCUGUGGGACGGUUGCUGCCGCUUAGAGGAGUUAAAAGCCCAUUACGAGUCUAAGAUUCAUGAGACGAAUAGACAUUGGGAAACUGCGAUGGAUGAGUACAUGGAAAAAUCUCUGUCUAUUGAGAAGUUGAGGGCAGAAUUGAAGGAACAAAUUUCUAAGGAGAUUGCAGAAUUUCGAGACAAGACAAGGGUAGAAAUAGAGUCUUCUCAUGGUCAGGCGUUGCAAAUGGUAGAUCAGAUAGUGAGAAUGUGUAACGAACAAAACACAAUGGCUAACGCUAAUUUGGCGACAAUGAAGGAGCAGAUGAAGAAGAUGGCUGAAGAAGAGAAUGCAACGGCAAUGGAACUGAUAGAAUUCGUCGAGCGGAGUUCCCCUCGACUGUCACUGUUGUCAAAUCUGCAUGCUCCUGCAUCUGCCUUUGCUGCUGCUCCUGUGGAUUCUCAAAACAACAGGAGUCACACCGAUCAACUGCCACCAAUUCCCGUACCGCCUCAUCCUAAUGAUGCUGCGAAGGGGCAGCACGGAGGGACCUGAUAUGCAUACUGAUAGAAUCCAUGGAGCAGACAUGGCCAUCCACUCUGACCCAAUUCCUGAACUUGCCGAUGCUGAUGGAUGGUUAUAGCUCUUUAUCUUCUCCUGCGUAUUGUACUCUAGAUCUAAUUGUUGCUGCUGGCUUGUUCAUCUCUUCUCAUUGUCAACAUCACUAAUCAUGUGGAACUCA